AUGGCUGAGCUUGAGCAAGCGGUGAAAAAGAUCGACGCAAAGCUCCGAAUGUUGAAAUUCACGACCGAAGAAGUACCGAGAAUUCGAGAGAAGAAAGAACUGAAAGUGUUAAAGCGAUUGCAAAAGGAUUUGGAAAAACAGCUAGAUGGCGUUCAUGAACAGAAGGUUCAAAUACAAAAAAAAUAGAGCAAUGAGAUGACCCGAACGACGUGAGAGAAUGGACAUUGGAAAUCGAAGGGCAAGUCGACAUAUUCGAAAAACUCGCCGUUAAUGUGAGAGAAGAGGCAAGGAUUCUACGAGAGGAGGCUUUACACGAAGUGAGAGAGGAGGAAAAGAAAGAAGAGGAGAAAAGGAAUCGUCAUUACGAAGAGUUGAAAUUCGAGGAGGCAAAAUUGAAGGUCAAAGGCGACCACGAAAAGAAAUUAGAAGAGGAUAGAAACACAUCUCUUAAAGGAGAGUGGCACCAAGUUACCCAAGUUAACCAUCACUAAAUUUCAAGGAACCCACCUCGACUGGUAGAUGGCUUGCCUUACAAUACAGAGGGCUACGAACGAGCUAAAAGCAUUCUGAAAGCAAAGUACGGGAAACCAAGUGAAGUGUCCAACGUGCACAUGCAGUGUAUUAUUUCCUUACCCACCAUACAGGGAUCUCAGCCAGCAAAAAUACACCCAUUCUAUGAGAAGCUGUCAACUAAUGCUCAAGCACUGGAAACCAUGGGAAAAAUUCAAGAGAUAAAUGGCUACGUUCGAGUUACCUUGGACAAACUACCUGACAUCAGGGCUGACCUUGUCCGUUUGGACGACAACUGGCAAGAGUGGGGAUUUCCUCACAUGUUAGAGUCACUUCGAAAGUGA